AUGACUUUCACUGCUCUUGUUAUGUACCCCAACAAUGCGGACAUCCAAUUCGAUGAGUCGUACUACAUGAAGUCCCACAUGCCGCUCGUCGAAAGCACUUGGAAAUCCUUCGGCCUGAUCAACUGGCAUGUCACCAAGUUCCCCAGCGCCUUCGAUGGCUCGCGAUCCGAGUAUUUGAUCAUGGCCACCCUCGAGUGGGAGAACGAGGAUAGUUUCAAAUCUGGUCUGCAGGCCCCUGGCGCUGCGACGGUGUUUGGCGAUAUCCCCAACUUCACCAACGCGAAGCCUAUCACUCUGGCUGGUACCGAGCUCCAGAAGUGA